ACCAGCAAUGGGGAAGAAGAGGACUGAUUCAAUUAGAAACAACCCACAUUCCCCGAUAUGGGAAAGGGGGAAGAAGAGCCUUUACCCACAACCAUCACUCAUUCACAAUCAACUACUCGUAAUGCAGACAAUUGCUCCUGCUGUGCUAGGAUUGCUACUUUAUUUCGAUUUCGAUGUGUGUUUGUUUUGGUUCUUGGACUCUCGGUCUUGCUCUCUGCUGUUUUCUGGCUGCCCCCGUUUUUUCGCCACGGAGAUCAGGGAGAUCUAGAUCUUGAUUCUCAUUAUAAAGGUCAUGAUAUAGUAGCAACUUUUAUGGUUCAGAAACCGUUGUCUUUGCUGGAAGACGAUUUUCCAYGGCUUGGGGAAGAUAUAUUUGAUGAAUUAAGAGUUCCAACUACUAAGGUUGUAAUCAUAACGGCAGAAAGUAUUGCCACGCCAAAUACAACAAAGGUURUUUUUGGUGUUGAUCCUGAUGAGUACAAUUCUAAGAUCUCGUCAUAUGCCAAAAGUCUAAUAAGAGCUUCUUUUGAAUCUCUCGUUCUACGUCAGUCAUCUCUAAGUUUGACCGAAUCUCUGUUCGGGGAACCAUCUUCUUUUGAGGUGCUAAAAUUUGUCGGAGGAAUUACUGUUACUCCUGUUCAGAGUGCAUAUCCACUGCAAAAGGUGCAGAUCCGGUUCAACUUUACAUUGAACUUUUCUAUUGAACAAAUACUUGACAACUUUGGUGAGUUGACAAACCAGCUAAAGUCAGGGCUGCAUCUUGGYCAAUUUGAGAACUUGUAUGUUAGUUUGUCCAAUCCAAAAGGGUCAACAGUCGCCCCCCCUACAACCGUGCAGUCAUCAGUUGUUCUGGUUGUUGGGACUCCGUCAAUGGCAAGGUUGAAACAGUUGACUCAAACCAUUAAGGGUUCUCCAACAAAAAAUCUUGGUCUGAACAACACUCAAUUCGGGAAGGUCAAGCAAAUUAGUCUUUCAUCUAUUUUACAACCCUCCCUUAAUGGUUCUAGUGGUGGCGGCACCCCGACACCUUCUCCAGCGCCCCUACCUCAACCUCCUCCUCCUCCUCCUCCUCCUCAGCCCCACGAUAACCAUCAGCAUCACCACCACCACAGACACCAGCACAAUAAGCAAUUGCCGCCUGCAAAACCACCUUCACCAAAUGAAAGUGGUGGAUUUAAACAUUCCCCGGCACCCUCACCGAUCCCCACACAUGCACCUCAUAAGAUUCAUAAUGCAAAACCUCCGGAUUGCCAUUCUGGAUACAACAGGAAGAAGAGGUCUUUCAAGAAUGCAAAUAAACAUCCUCCGCUACUUCCUCCUUCAUCACCGGCACCACCACGACCACCACCACCACCUGUACCGGAAACAAUCCCUGCAUCAAGCCCAUUGCCAAAUGUAGUUUUUGCGCAUACUCAUCCACCUUCAAAAAGUGAUGCUGAUACAGAGCCUCCUGACAUGACACCAUCGGGUUCAAUUUUGCAACCAUCAUCAUGUGCAGGUGUUGGUUUGAAGGCCUUCCCCAUGUUUCUAGUUAUGGUGACAGUACACUUGUUGCAGCAAAAAUGAGGGCAUUCUAUUCUAUAAUCAAAUCAAACUCGGGCAGUUGACAUAAAAAACAUGUUUUGUUUAAUUCCUUCCUUCCAACUGAAACGAUGAUGUUGGAGGCGUGCAAAGUGGGAGCGCAAUGCAAAAAAGACGGGCGUGCUCUCACAGUCGAGUUUCAGUCCUGAGUGGAUGAUGAUGAUAUAUAAUUGUUGUUUCGUGGUUGUAAAUAUUUUYGAUUACAAGUUGAGGGGGCCGAUGUGUGUUUGAGCAGGUCAAAGUCACGGAGGUGACGGGCCCUUGAUUACAUUGGUGGCCCCUGUUUUGUGUAUGAUUCUCUUCAUCAAGUUAGAAGGGAAAAUGAACCAACAAAUGUACCACUUUUCUCUUUUUGUUGCUAAUCUAUUCAAGCCCACCACUAUGCUUAUAUGGACUCAGUAUCCUCUUUCUUUUAAGUCCUGAAUGGAUAAAGUUGU